AUGAACACAGCCACCGGGAGUUAUCCGAUGGCUUCUCUCUACGUGGGCGACCUGCACCCGGACAUCACCGAGGCGAUGCUGUACGAGAAGUUCAGCCCUGCCGGACCGGUGCUCUCUAUCCGGGUCUGUCGAGACAUGAUCACCCGGCGAUCCCUGGGGUACGCGUAUGUCAACUUCUCCCAGCCUGCAGACGCUGAGAGAGCCCUGGACACCAUGAACUUUGACGUGGUUAAAGGGAAGCCCAUCAGAAUCAUGUGGUCCCAGAGAGACCCCUCCCUCAGGAAGUCUGGAGUGGGCAACGUGUUCAUCAAGAACCUCGACAAGACCAUUGACAACAAGGCCCUGUACGACACCUUCUCCGCCUUCGGCAACAUCCUCUCCUGCAAGGUUGUGUGUGAUGAAAAUGGUUCCAAGGGCUAUGCCUUCGUCCAUUUCGAGACCCAGGACGCUGCUGACCGUGCCAUUGAGAAGAUGAACGGGAUGCUUCUGAAUGACCGCAAGGUGUUCGUUGGUCGUUUCAAAUCGCGCAAAGAACGGGAGGCUGAACUCGGUGCCAGAGCCAAAGAGUUUACCAAUGUCUACAUCAAGAACUUUGGGGACGAUAUGGACGAUGAGCGGCUGAAGGUGUUUUUUGAGAAAUACGGUAAAACCCUCAGCGUAAAAGUGAUGACAGACCCCACUGGCAAAUCCAGAGGCUUUGGAUUUGUUAGUUACGAGAAACACGAGGAUGCUAACCAGGCAGUAGAGGAAAUGAACGGCACUGACCUCAAUGGCAAGACCGUGUUUGUGGGGCGGGCGCAGAAGAAGAUGGAGCGGCAGAACGAGCUGAAGAGGAAGUUUGAGAUGCUGAAACAAGAAAGGAUCAGUCGUUAUCAGGGUGUAAAUCUGUACAUUAAGAACCUGGACGACACCAUAGAUGACGAGAAACUGCGUAAGGAGUUCUCUCCUUUCGGAUCCAUCACAAGUGCCAAGGUGAUGCUGGAGGAGGGCCGCUCCAAAGGCUUCGGCUUCGUCUGCUUCUCCUCCCCUGAAGAAGCCACCAAGGCCGUGACCGAGAUGAACGGCCGGAUCGUUGGCUCCAAACCUCUCUACGUGGCUCUGGCUCAGCGCAAAGAGGAGCGCAAGGCCCACCUCACCAAUCAGUACAUGCAGCGUAUCGCAGGCAUGAGAGCCAUGCCCGCUAAUGCCAUCAUCAAUCAGUUCCAGCCCACCAGCGGAUACUUCAUGCCAGCAGUGCCACAGGCACAGAAUAGGACUACAUAUUAUGCACCAAAUCAGCUGGCCCAAAUGCGGCCCAACCCCAGGUGGCAGCAACAAGGUGGUAGAGGUCAAGGUGGUUUCCAGGGGAUCCCCAACUCACUGCGUCAGCCAGGACCUCGGGCCAACCUGAGACACAUGACUCCUAAUAACAACACACAGGGACCACGAGGUGCUGGCCAGUCCAUGGCUCCUCGUCCCUCUAUGGGCGCCCCAGGCCCCAGAGCCAUGCCUCCUUACAAAUACGCCACUGGCGUCCGCAACCCCAACCCUCAAGUGGUGCAACCGAACGCCUUACAGCAGGCUCAGCCAGCUGUGCACGUUCAGGGCCAGGAGCCCCUCACAUCCUCCAUGCUGGCUGCAGCGCCCCCUCAGGAGCAGAAACAGAUGCUGGGGGAGCGUCUUUUCCCUCUGAUUCAGUCAAUGCAUGCCAACCUGGCGGGUAAGAUCACUGGCAUGCUGCUGGAGAUCGACAACUCUGAACUGCUGCAUAUGCUGGAGUCUCAUGAAUCUCUGCGCUCAAAGGUGGACGAAGCUGUCGCCGUGCUUCAGGCCCAUCAGGCAAAGAAAGACGCCACUCAAAAAGUGGGCACCAUGGCUACUACUGCUGCUGCUGCCACAUCCUGAAGACUGUGUGCUGUAUUGGAGUGGGCCAAGAAAAAGCCAAUGGGAAGAGAAACACUACGCUGACUCCAAACACCAGAGCCUUCUGAAGUAUAAUGCAAAAAUUAAAAACCAAGAAAAAUUAUUUUUCUUUGCUUGACAUUUGAUACUUGAUUUGAAAUGAAGGACUCAUGUUUUCAUUGG